AUGGGGAUUUGUAUCGGUAAAAUAAAGUUGAGUAGACCUCUUCCUGAACCUGAAGAAAUUGUGUCAACGCUUAAUAAUUCAUCAAACAUUUCCAGCCACUUUCGGUUUUCUGAUGGUAGAAGAUAUCAUAACGUAGUAAAUGCUGCAUAUUUCUUACCUAACGAUGACGAUGAAUGUGAUAGGCUGCAUUUACAGCAUACUAUGGAAAGAUUUAUUUGGCAAAGUAACUUUUUCUCCCCAGUUGAAGAUCUCCUUAACCAGGAUGGAACAAUAGUUCUCGAUUCGGGAACAGGUGGUGGUUCUUGGUCGCUGGAAAUGGCAUUUAACUAUCCAAAAUCUAAAUUUAUCGGAAUUGAUAUUUCUCCAGUUCAGCCUGAAGAAAAUAAGCCUCAAAAUGUUGAAUUUAUUCAGGCAAACAUAAUGGGUCGCUUACCUUUUGAUGAUAAUACUUUUGAUUUUAUAUUUCAGCGAUUUUUGCUUGCCGGAAUUCCCACGGAUAAGUGGCCAUCAGUAAUUAAUGAGUUAGUUCGCGUAUUAAAGCCUGGUGGUUACUUGGAGUUAGCAGAAAAUGACAUUCAUUAUUCAUUUAUGGGUCCUGCUUCAAAAAAACUUAUUGAGGGCUUUUCAAUACUACUUUAUGAACGUGGCUUAGAUCCAGCUAUAUGUUAUAAAAUUCAAAAGUAUUUAGAAGAAACUGACCAACUUCAUAAUGUACAUUGCGAAGAAAAGAAACGUGUAGAUGGUCAAGGCGCCACCACAGUGUACAAAUUGCUUGGUAAAGAUUAUUCUGCUGCUAUGGCAAAUAUGAAACCUGCGCUAAUACAUACAGUUAAAGUUUCUAGUGAUGAAUAUGACCGUUUAGUUAAAGAGUUUGAAAAAGAAACAAUAGAAUUAGAAUCCUUUAAUCCGCACUUUUUUGAAACUCAUGACGAACCUACUUCAGAAUCAGACCAUAAUGAAAUAGAGGAGGAUUCAUGCUCUGGUAAAGAAUUAGAAAAUACAAGUGAUGAGGAUACCAUAUCUACAGAUCCUAAUAAAACUUUUUCAACGGCCUUAAAAGAUCUUAUAAUAAGUUUGAUUAUGUUUAUUGGAAUAACGGGUUCCUUUUGUUCUGGAAAACAUACUAUUGCUGAAUGGCUUGUUUCUGUGCACGGUUUUACUCCUUUAACUCUUCGAGAUAAUGACAGCUAUCGACUCGACGCGCUACAUUUUGAGACGCCAGACGAUCUUCUAGACUGCCAAGAUUUAGGUCAUCAGCCACCAACUUUAGAAAGAUUUAUAACUGAGAAUGAUAAAAGAUUAUUUAAAAUAGUUGCGCCAACAAAUGAAUUUGUACAAAAUGAUCAAGAUCAUACACUAAAUUCGGAUGACUUUUCAAUCUCAUCAAUUUAUAACCUAAUGACUAUGGCCGAUCUCACGGUCGUGAAUUCUUUUUUAUCAUUACAAUUACUCUAUGCGCAUCUCCACAGUCUUAAUAUCACCAAUACCGAGAGAUUGCGACCUUCAUGGGACACAUAUUUCAUGCACUUAUCAGAUCUGGCAGCAUUAAGAUCCAAUUGUAUGAAACGUAGGGUUGGUUGUAUAUUAGUUAAAGACUUUAGGGUAAUCGCGACUGGAUAUAAUGGUACGGCAAGAGGCUUAAAGAAUUGUAAUCAAGGCGGUUGCGAACGUUGUAAUGACGCAGUCCCAUGUGGAAAAGAAUUGGAUACUUGUUUAUGCCUACACGCAGAAGAGAAUGCGUUAUUAGAAGCUGGGAGGGAAAGAGUUGGACAAGGGUGCUCGGUAAAAUUAAUUCAAUCAGGAGUCACUGAAGUCGUCUAUAACAAAACAUAUGGUAUGGAUGAUUUGACCUAUCAAAUUCUUAAAGAAGCUGGUAUAAAACUAAGACAACAUUCGCCACCGACGAGGAGAUUAGUAUUGCAAAAAAAUGAUUAUAUGA